UUCCGCUCGUGCAGUGCCAAGAGGGUUUAAGGGUUUAGGGGUUUCGUAGGGUUUUUCUCUCUCUUAGUUAUGGCGGAGAAGCUCACCUGGAACGGAGAAAUGGAAGAGAUCGAAGGAGACGAAGAAGUAGAGGACCAACUCGACAAUUGGGAAGAUUGGAACACAGAUGAAGAAAACUCAGACUCAGAUUUUCUCUGCUUGUUCUGCAACUCAAAAUACAGUUCUAUUGAAACUCUAUGGGAGCAUUGCAGUUCAAACCACCAUUUUGAUUUCCGGAGAAUCAGAAGAACUCUGGGAUUGGAUUUCUACGACUCCUUAAAGCUCAUCAACUACGUUAGAUCUCAGGUAGCAGCAAACAUAUGUUGGAGUUGCGGGGCUACUUGCCAAUCCAACAAAGAUCUACAGAAUCAUUUACAUGAACCAGUCAACUUGAAGGAUAGCAAGCUCCUUUGGGAGGAUGAUAAGUAUCUUAGACCUCAUAUGCAAGAGGAUUCACUUUUGCACAGCUUUGCAGAAGAUGAAGAUGAUGAGGAUGUUCAGACCACACCAAUUGAUAGAGAGGAACUUAUGAAGGAUAUAGGGGAAGUUUUAGAUCUUGAAAAAAUUUGCAUUGAUGAUGAAAAUGCUUCAAAUAUGGUUCCAUCAAGACCUGAUACCGUUGAAGGUGUAAGGAAGGAAGCAUCUUGUGCAACCAGUGGAUUUUUCAACGUGAAUCACACUUGGGUUAAUGAUAUUGAGGCAAGAGAAGAUAGUGGAUUAGCAAAUGGAAAACAAAAAAUUAGGCAUCUGCGAGGUUCAUUGGUGAAUACUGCUGCAAAAGAAAUCAGAAAAGUGAAUGAAAAUUAUUUUGGUUCCUAUGGUUCUUUUAGCAUUCAUAGGGAGAUGAUUAGUGACAAGGUAAGGAUGGAUGCCUACAGGGGAGCAAUCUUGAACAACCCUUCUCUUUUUAAGAGAGCAACUGUUUUGGAUGUUGGUUGUGGCACUGGAAUACUAAGUCUAUUUGCAGCCCAAGCAGGGGCUUCAAGGGUCGUUGCUGUAGAAGCUAGUGACAAGAUGGCUGCAGUAGCAACUCAGAUCGCAAAAGACAAUGGUCUGUUGGGGGGUGGCAGUGCAUCCGAAUGUAAUAACCAGUGUACUGGAGUAAUCAAUGUGGUCCAUGGUAUGAUUGAAGACCUAGAUAAGUCCUUACAAAUCCCACCUCACAGUGUCGAUGUAUUGCUGAGCGAAUGGAUGGGAUAUUGCCUGCUCUAUGAAUCAAUGCUUAGUUCAGUGCUUUAUGCUCGGGAUCACUGGCUCAAACCUGGUGGUGCCAUUCUCCCGGACACUGCAACUAUUCUAGGAGCAGGCUUUGGAAGAGGUGGAACAAGUAUUCCAUUUUGGGAAAACGUUUAUGGUUUCGAUAUGUCUUGCAUUGGUGGAGAAGUUUUUCAAGAUGCUGCCCGGUUUCCUAUUGUUGACGUAGUUGACAGUCGUGAUAUAGUAACUGAUUCUGUGGUUAUCCAGACAUUUGAUCUCGCAACCAUGAGACCUGAGGAGAUUGACUUUACAACGAGCUUUGGGUUGGAAUUGAAACUACCUGAUCCAGUCAUGGGUUUAAAGUCCAUGACAACUUCUUGUUAUGGGGUUAUAUUAUGGUUUGAGACUGGUUUUACAGGCCGGUUCUGCAAAGAGAUGCCUACUGUUCUAUCCACUUCCCCUUAUAUGCCUAAAACACACUGGUCUCAGACCAUCUUCACAUUCCGUGAACCAAUUGUGAUGGCAACUGGAAAACAUGAUGCAGAUGGAAUGGCAGCAGUUGGUACCGAAGCCUGCCCUGUCAUUAGAAUAGAGUCUCGCAUCAGCAUUGUCCGGGCUGCAGAGCACCGUAGCAUUGACAUAUCCUUGGAGACAUUGGGUAUCUCUUCAGAUGGAAGAAAACGCAGCUGGCCUGCACAGGUUUUUAAUUUAUGACAGGGUGUCAUCUCUGUUUGAUUAAGGAGUUUUAUUGUUCCUGGUGGCAGUUUUCCAUUUUGCCCCAUUAAUAGUGUGGAUCAUGUCAGAUUAAGGCAUCAAUGUAAGUGAACCGUGUCCAUGGGACUCACUUUUGGUGUUCAGUUUUGCGUGUAAAUUAGUUUAUCUUCAUCA